CUGGGGCAGUCUCCGAACCUCCAGUCAACUCUCAGUUUGCAUCCUCCUCUCUGCCCCUCUCGCUCUGAGCUCCCUCCGUCUCUCUCCUCCUCUCUGCAUCUGCCGUUUCCCGUCAACCUCGUGCGGGCUCGUGUGAGGCGGCUUCCUCUCUGUAACAUCUGCAACACCCAUCGCCUGGAGCAAUAAAAUAAAGUAUUUCCUCCGAAACCUGCGAGACCCCGAGACUCAACUGUCACCAUGGAGGCCAUCAAGAAGAAGAUGCAGAUGCUGAAGUUGGACAAGGAGAACGCCAUCGACAGGGCAGAACAGAGCGAGUCCGACAAGAAGGCGGCGGAGGAUAAAUGCAAGCUGCUGGAGGAUGAGCUGCUCGCUCUGCAGAAGAAGCUGAAGGGAACCGAGGAUGAGCUCGACAAGUACUCGGAGGCCCUGAGGGACGCUCAGGAGAAACUGGAGCUGUCGGAGAAGAAGGCCGCAGAUGCAGAGGGCGAUGUGGCAUCUUUGAACCGCAGGAUCCAGCUGGUGGAGGAGGAGUUGGACCGCGCUCAGGAGCGACUGGCCACAGCCCUGCAGAAACUGGAGGAGGCUGAGAAGGCUGCAGAUGAGAGUGAAAGGGGCAUGAAGGUGAUUGAGAACAGAGCAAUGAAAGAUGAGGAGAAGAUGGAGAUCCAGGAGAUGCAGCUGAAAGAAGCGAAACACAUUGCAGAGGAGGCGGACCGCAAAUACGAGGAGGUUGCCCGUAAACUGGUGAUCCUCGAGGGUGAGCUGGAGAGGGCAGAAGAGAGGGCCGAAAUUUCAGAACUCAAGUGUGCUGACCUGGAAGAAGAGCUGAAGAACGUCACCAACAACCUCAAGUCGCUAGAGGCGCAGUCCGAUAAGUACUCUUCGAAAGAAGACAAAUAUGAGGAGGAGAUUAAAGUCCUGAAUGACAGACUCAAGGAGGCGGAAACCCGUGCAGAAUUUGCGGAGAGGUCUGUGGCUAAGCUGGAAAAGACCAUAGAUGACCUGGAAGAGAACCUAUCGAAAGAAAAAGAGCAAAACGUUGGAAUGCAUCAAGUCCUGGACCAAACACUGCAGGAGCUGAAUAGCUUGUAAAAGAAGAACAUCAAGCAAAUAAAAAAAGCAAACAUUUGUUUUGCAAACUGUUUUCUACAUGCCAUCCAUUCUCAGUAAAUUCCUCUCGUAAUCUUUGAUAUUAAAACAAACGUACCCCUUUUAUAUAUUUAUGGUUCUUUUUUGUUUUCCUAUUUUUAAAAACGGUUUUGGGUCCAUUUGCUAAUUAGUGUUGGUGCUGGAAAUUGUGUUGUAGAAUGAACUGAGCACAAAUUAAACUGAUUAAGCGAG